CUAAUGCGGUGAGCGCACAGGACCGCACCAUCACAUCCCGGGGGAGCUAUUGCGGUCCCAACCAAGUUCUUUGGGCGGGGGUCCGGAGCAGCCGCGCUCUCCCUGUAGGUGUCUGCGCUGCGCCGCAGCCCUGGGCCUGACUGGCGCGUUCUCCCCACCGACGGGUUAACCCGCGUCCUCUCCUCCCCCUCUGUUGGCCGGGCGGUGGUUCGCUCCAGCGCGCUCUCUCGGGAAGUGUCGGGGCAGCUGGAGCAGUCGCCGGUUUCUGCCAGUCCCGAGCCGCUUCUCUGCUGCCGCCGCUAGAAUCCAACCACCAUCAUGUCUAGCAAAAGGGCAAAGACAAAGACCACUAAGAAGCGCCCUCAGCGCGCAACCUCCAAUGUAUUUGCAAUGUUUGAUCAGUCACAAAUUCAAGAAUUCAAAGAGGCCUUCAACAUGAUUGAUCAGAACAGAGAUGGUUUCAUUGACAAAGAAGACUUGCAUGAUAUGCUCGCUUCCCUUGGAAAGAAUCCCACUGAUGAAUACCUAGAUGCCAUGAUGAAUGAAGCUCCAGGCCCAAUAAACUUCACUAUGUUCCUAACAAUGUUUGGAGAAAAACUAAAUGGCACAGAUCCAGAAGAUGUAAUCAGAAAUGCUUUUGCUUGUUUUGAUGAAGAAGCAACUGGGGUCAUUCAAGAAGAUUACUUGAGAGAGCUGCUGACAACAAUGGGAGACAGGUUUACAGAUGAAGAAGUAGAUGAGCUAUACAGAGAGGCACCAAUUGACAAAAAAGGAAAUUUCAACUACAUUGAAUUCACACGCAUCCUUAAACAUGGAGCGAAAGACAAGGAUGAUUGAAAAAAAAUUCAGGCACCUGCAGAAAGCUCUAGUUUUCACUUGCCUUUAUUUUUGAGGGUUUUUUCCUGGUAGAAUCUGUUGCAUGAAUCUAGCUUUUACAGCUUUUGCCUUUCUCAAUGUAUUUAUCUAUUCCAGGCCAUUCUGGCACAUUUUUGCACCUGUGUAAUCAGACUGGAUGUGAGGGAUGAUAUUGUAAUGAAAAGCAUCUGGGAACAAAGACCAAUGAAUUUGAAAACCCAGGAAAAAAGUCUCAAUGUUUCUGGAUUAGCUGGAUUUUUACAUUUUUGUAAUAAAAAUGUCAUUUUGAAAGAGAUUGCUAUAUAAAUAAAAUACCUCAAACUGC